CUCGCUCGGGGCGUGCGCGAAACGUCUUUCCAUCCCUCAAUUUCAUCUUGACUACAAGUUCGUGAGAACGUGGGUCUCUCACUCCAUUAGAAGCAAGCGAUGCGUUUCCCCCAGAGAACGCCAAACGUCGAACCCAAAGCCAAGCAAGAUCCGAACCAACAAUCCGCGACUCAACUCUUAUGAAUCGUGAACCCCAUUCGCUUGACCUACCUCGCUCAACCUCAGAAAACCUAUUCCACCCCAUCGUAACAAUCCCUCGGCCAAAGAAAAGACAGAUCCUCGACACGAGUCUGCAAGUAGAUUUCCAUGCCGACGCCAGUCCGCCUUGCUUUUACUUUGUUGUUUACUUGCCCCCCUCUCUUCCCCCACUAUAGCUCAAUCUAUGUACCCCUCCAGCUUGUAACCUAACCCACACCUCUUUCUGCCCUUUCCCCCCUCCAGCGCUAGACAAAGCCAUCCAAGGGAAAACUACUACUAGCCGCACCAGUCAGAAAAAAUCGACCCUAUUUUUCCGGUGAAGCGACUAGACUGAUAUGCUAGAGCAAAAGACAAAGGCCCCACCGAGUCUACAUAGCACCGAGCAAGCGGAGGACGUGCUAGAGUGCGUAUCUCGUCAACCCCCGAUGAUGGAGCAGUAUCCCGUCUCUACCUACUAGUUAAUUCGUUCAUGAAUUGAAUACCGUGCUUGGGCACAGAAAGAAGGGAUCUUCAACCCCCCAUUAUCUCACCGUUUGUCUACAUCCCUCUGUCUAUCUCGGCGCAACGACGAUCAGCACCCGCAUUCUCACCAUCACCUCUUGUUCA